AUGGCCGCGGCCGCAGCGGAGGCCCGGGUGGUGGCGGCAACGCGGGCACGGGCGGAGGCGCACAAGCAAGUCCAAAACUUCGACUGGAGCAGUGGCACCGACUGGAAGACCGCCGCUAACAUCCAAGCGCAAGGAGUUCGGUGUACAACUUGUGCCAAGCGGGUGCUUGGGAUCUGGCUCACCCAGAGGUCAUUGCUAGAUAGGAGGCUGCUGUCUAUUUAG